AAAUUUAGGAUCUAGAGUGCCUUAUUUGAGUAUAGAUUCAUGCACAUAUUAUCAUCUUUGGUGGAGGCAUAUCAGUCGGGACUCUGAAAUCUUUCUUGGAUGUUGCAAUAGAAUCAUAACAUAUCACCAAGUAGAGAUGGCCGAGGAAGGAGCUAAAGCAAAUUCAGUAGUGUUGUUCAAGUUCAUGUUCAUGUUCAUUUUCUUCAAUUUUGGCGUGUCUGAAUCUGAUCAUGGUAAAGAACUUGAGCUUCUUUUGUCUUUCAAGUCUUCAAUCCACGACCCUUCUGGUUUCGUGUCCAACUGGGAUUCCUCUGCCACUGUUUGCCAGUGGCAAGGUAUCACUUGCAAUAAUUUGUCUCAUGUUGAAACAGUUGAUCUUUCUGCUAAAAACUUAUCCGGGAAAUUAGUUUCCUCAUCAAUUUUCCAUUUGCCUUUUAUUGAAACUUUAAAUCUCUCCAGCAAUCAGCUCUACGGUGAAAUUCCUCAGGAUAUAUUUUCUUCCUCUUCACUUCGAUUUCUCAACCUUAGUAACAACAAUUUCACCGGUCAAAUACCAAGUGGUUCCAUUUCCCGCCUUGAGGUAUUGGAUCUUUCAAACAAUAUGCUUUCCGGGAAAAUUCCACAAGAAAUCGGAUCGUUUUAUAGUCUAAAAUUCCUUGAUCUCGGUGGAAAUGUUUUGGUGGGGAAAAUUCCAAUCUCGAUAUCAAACAUCACUACUUUGCAGUUCUUGACUUUGGCUUCAAACCAAUUAGUUGGGCCAAUUCCACAUGAAUUAGGCAAAAUGAAGAGCUUGAAGUGGAUAUACUUGGGCUAUAACAAUCUUUCCGGGGAAAUUCCGAAAGAAAUUGGUAUGUUAACUUCCUUGAAUCAUCUUGAUCUUGUCUACAACAACCUCACUGGUCAAAUCCCGUCCUCCCUCGGAAACCUCGGCGAUCUUCAGUAUCUCUUCCUUUACCAAAAUAAGCUUACAGGUUCAAUUUCAGAGUCCAUUUUUGGACUCAAAAAGCUGGUUUCUCUUGAUCUUAGUGAUAAUUCAUUAUCUGGUGAGAUCCCAGAACUCAUAAUUCAGUUGCAAAACCUGGAGAUUCUUCAUCUUUUCGGCAACAGCUUUACGGGUAAAAUUCCAAGUGCUUUAACUUCUUUGCCUCGUCUUCAAGUCCUUCAGCUUUGGUCCAACAGAUUGUCAGGUGAGAUUCCGAAAAGUCUUGGAAGACAUAAUAAUCUCACUAUUCUCGACCUCUCCACUAAUAAUCUCACGGGACGUAUACCCGACGGACUUUGCAGCUCGGGUCGUCUUUUUAAGCUCAUUCUCUUCUCAAAUUCACUUGAAGGUUUGAUUCCAAAGAAUUUGAGCACUUGCAAAAGUUUGCAGCGAGUAAGGCUUCAAAGCAAUCGUCUGUCAGGCCAAUUAUCCUCUGAGUUCACAAAACUGCCUCUCGUAUACUUCUUGGAUCUCUCAAACAACAAUCUCUGGGGCAACAUCGGAGAGCAAACAUGGAACAUGCCGUCACUUGAAAUGUUGAGUUUGGCAGGAAACAGAUUUUCAGGGAAGUUGCCUCACUCAUUUGGUAGCGAGAAGAUUGAGGACUUGGACUUGUCAGGAAACGAAUUUUCAGGUAAUAUUCCACGUAGUUUUGGGAGCUUAUCAGAGCUAAUGCAAUUAAGCCUAUGUGGAAACAAGCUGACCGGUGAAAUCCCCGAGGAAUUAUCUUCAUGCAAGAAGCUUGUGAGUCUAGACUUAAGCCAUAACCAACUCAGUGGCCAAAUUCCAUCUGGUUUCGCUGAAAUGCCAGUUCUUGGUCAGCUUGAUUUGUCGCAGAAUCAAUUAUCUGGUGAAGUACCACCAAAGUUGGGGAAACUGGAACCGCUAGUUCAAGUGAAUAUUUCUUACAACCAUUUACAUGGCAAGUUACCAUCUACAGGGGCCUUUCUUGCUAUAAAUGCAAGUGCAAUUGCUGGUAAUGAUCUUUGCGGAGGAGAUGAUAAAAGCGGUUUACCGCCAUGCAGAAAGGUCAAGAAUCCGGCUUGGUGGUUUUUUGUUGCUUGCUCUCUGACUCUCGCUGCUUUAGUGUUGUUUUCUGUUGCUGCUUUUGGCUUCAUAUUCAUUCGAGGAAGAAACAAUUUGGAGCUGAAAAGAGUGGAAAAUGAAGAUGGAAUAUGGGAAUUGCAAUUCUUUGAUUCCAAGGUUUCGAAGUCAGUAACAAUUGAUGAUAUUAUUCUAUCUGUCAAAGAAGCAAAUGUUAUUUCCAGAGGCAGGGAAGGCAAGUCAUUCAAAGGCAAAUCAGUUGUAAAUGAUUUGCAAUUCGUCGUGAAAGAAAUGAACGAAGUCAGCUCAAUUCCAUCAAGUUUUUGGUCUGAAAUCACACAUUUUGGCAAGCUUCAGCACCCAAAUAUUGUUAAAUUAAUUGGAAUAUGUCGGUCAGAUAAUGGCGCAUAUUCGGUUUACGAGUACAUAGAAGGGAAAAGUCUAAGUGAAAUCCUUCACAACGUAAGCUGGGAAAGGCGGCGAAAAAUUGCAACUGGGAUUGCAAAAGCUCUACGGUUUUUGCAUUCUUAUUGUUCGCCAAGCAUACUCGUCGGAGACAUGUCACCAGAGAGAGUUAUCAUCGAUGGAAAAGACGAGCCUCGGCUACGAUGGACCCUUCCUGGGCUGGUUUGCAUAGAAAACAAGCGCUUCAUUUCUUCAUCGUACGUUUCCCCAGAAGCUAGAGAAAGCAAGGAUAUGACAGAAAAGAGUGAUAUCUAUGGAUUCGGCCUCAUUCUGAUUGAAUUGUUGACGGGAAAAAGUCCUGCGGAUGCUGAAUUUCGAGUGCAGCGCAAGAGCAUGGUGGAGUGGGCCCGCUAUUGCUACUCAGAUUGCCAUCUUGAUAUGUGGGUUGAUCCCAUGAUCAGGGGCCAUGCAUCCAACAACAACGAGAACCAGAUCGUUGCGACCAUGAAUCUAGCUCUCCAUUGCACGGCCGGUGACCCCACUGCUCGCCCAUCCGCAACCGACGUUUCCAAAACCCUACAAUCUGCUUUCAGAAUAACUUCUUGUGUCCCUGCAGGCCUAAAAUUUUCUUCAUCUGUUUAGGCUUUCUAAUAAUAAUAUAGCAUGAUUUUGUUCAGAAUUUUCAUUUUUUGGGUUAAUUUUCUUUUCUCUUUUUCCCCACCUUGGUUUCUAGUUAAGAUAUUAAAAUGAUUGUCACUUUUGUUUGAUGGUAUGUUGAAUACAUACUAAUGAUGAGUGUAAAAAUGUAGAUACACUAAAUGCCAUUAUAUGAAUUACAGUUUUUUUC